AACGAACCGAGCGCCAUGAUCCCCGAAUGUCCCCGCGCCGGGGACUCGAGGAGCCGGGGCCGCUUCGUGUACAGCCCGGCGGCCGAGCCGAGCCCGAGCCGCGGAGCCAGCGGCUUGCUGACGGAGAUCCAGACCAGCAUCAACAACCAGCCGUUCACCGACCACUACACCAUCAUCCCCGGCAAAGAGCUCGGAAGGGGGAAGUUUGCUGUGGUCAGAAAGUGUGUGGAGAAAUGCUCGGGCCAUGAGUACGCUGCAAAGUUCAUGAGGAAGAGACGGAAAGGCCAGGACUGCCGGACGGAGAUCAUUCAUGAGAUUGCAGUGCUCGAGUUGGCUACAGUUAAUCGCCGGGUGGUCAACCUCCACCAGGUCUAUGAGAUGGCUUCUGAGAUGGUGCUGGUCCUGGAGUUUGCGGCUGGAGGCGAGAUCUUCAACCAGUGUGUGUCAGAGGACGAGGGCUUCAGUGAGGAGGACGUGAAGAGGCUCAUGAGGCAAAUCCUGGAGGGAGUCACCUUCCUCCAUCAGAGCAACAUAGUCCACCUCGACCUGAAGCCUCAGAACAUCCUGCUGACCAGCAGUUCUCCUCUGGGUGACAUUAAGAUCGUGGACUUUGGCCUGUCCAGGAUUGUCUGCAGCCACCAGGAGCUCCGGGAGAUCAUGGGGACCCCAGAGUAUGUUGCUCCGGAGAUCCUAAAUUAUGAGCCUAUAAGCACAGCAACAGAUAUGUGGAGUAUUGGUGUUUUGACCUAUGUGAUGCUGACGGGCAUCUCACCAUUCCUGGGCGAGGACAAGCAGGAGACGUUUCUCAACAUCUCCCAGCUCAAUGUCAACUACAUGGAGGAGGAGCUGCAGCACCUGGACCAGGCUGCACUGUCCUUCAUCCAGAUGUUGCUCCUCAAAAAGCCACAGGAUCGGGCCACAGCGGAGCAGUGUCUCACACACCCCUGGCUUCAGCACUCAAAGACUCAGGAAACCCAGACGGUGGAGGAGAUCCUCCCAAUGAAGGAGCAGGAAGUGUCCAGCACCACCAGUACUCCUGAAACUCCCAGUUGCCUGACUACGGCUGUGGAUGAGGAGGAGGAGGAAGAACGGCCAAUUACAGAGGAGCUGAUCGUCGUGGCUGCCUACACUCUGGGUCAGUGUCGCCAGUCCUCCACCUCAGAGAAGGAGGCUCUGGCCGCUGAGCAGAAGGCCAUCUCCAAACGCUUCAAGUUUGAGGAGCCCUUCAGUGCCCUGCAGGAGGUCCCUGGGGAGUUCAUCUACUGA